UGCCAUUACUGAAAUGGAUGAACACAAUCAUCCCAUUCAUACCUACCAGGUAUGUAAUGUGAUGGAACCAAACCAAAACAACUGGCUUCGAACAAACUGGAUUUCCCGUGAUGCUGCGCAGAAAAUUUAUGUGGAAAUGAAGUUUACCCUGAGGGACUGCAACAGUAUUCCAUGGGUAGUGGGAACCUGCAAGGAAACUUUUAAUCUCUACUACAUGGAAUCAGAUGAGUCUCAUGGAUUAAAAUUCAAGCCAAACCAGUAUACUAAAAUUGAUACUAUUGCAGCUGAUGAGAGCUUUACUCAGAUGGACUUGGGUGAUCGCAUUCUUAAACUCAACACAGAAGUUCGUGAGGUUGGGCCAAUAAACAAGAAAGGAUUUUAUCUUGCAUUUCAGGACAUUGGAGCAUGUAUUGCUUUGGUCUCAGUCCGUGUUUAUUACAAGAAGUGCCCUUUCACAGUCCGUAACUUGGCCAUGUUUCCUGAUACUAUUCCAAGGGUUGAUUCUUCCUCUUUGGUGGAAGUGCGGGGCUCCUGUGUGAAGAGUGCUGAGGAACGUGAUACUCCAAAAUUGUAUUGUGGAGCAGAUGGGGAUUGGCUUGUGCCUCUUGGACGAUGUAUCUGCAGUGUAGGAUAUGAAGAACUGGAUGGUUCCUGUCACGCUUGCAGGCCUGGAUUCUAUAAAGCAUUUGCUGGAAAUGUAAAGUGCUCCAAGUGCCCUCCACACAGUUCGACCUAUGUUGAAGCAACUUCAGUUUGUCAGUGUGAAAAAGGUUACUUCAGAGCUGAGAAAGAUCCACCAACUAUGGCAUGUACCCGGCCACCUUCUGCUCCCAGGAAUGUAAUUUUUAACAUUAACGAAACAGCUCUCAUGUUGGAAUGGAGCCCACCAAGUGAUACCGGAGGAAGAAAAGAUCUCACUUACAGUGUCAUCUGUAAGAAAUGUGGGUCAGAUGCCAGCCAGUGUGAAAUAUGUGGGGGAGGAAUCCGCUUCAUCCCCAGGCACACAGGUCUCAUCAACUCCUCUGUGACGGUGCUGGACUUUGUGUCGCAUGUGAACUACACCUUUGAAAUCGAGGCCACGAAUGGCGUCUCAGAGUUGAGUUUCUCUCCCAAGCAGUUCACAGCUAUCACAGUUACCACAGACCAAGAUGCACCCUCCUUGAUAGGUAUGGUAAGGAAGGACUGGGCUUCCCAAAACAGCAUUGCCCUCUCCUGGCAAGAGCCGGACUUUCCCCAUGGAGCCAUUCUGGACUACGAGAUCAAGUACUAUGAGAAAGUCUACCCACGGAUAGCGCCGGCAUUUUGGCACUACCUGCGGGUAGAAGAGCAUGAACAGCUCAGCUAUUCCUCCACAAGGUCCAAGGCUCCAAGUGUUAUCAUCACAGGUCUCAAGCCAGCCACCAAGUAUAUAUUUCAUAUCAGAGUCAGGACGGCAGCAGGAUACAGCGGCUAUAGCCAGAAGUUUGAAUUUGAAACUGGAGAUGAAACUUCUGAUAUGGCUGCAGAGCAGGGACAGAUUCUCGUGAUUGCCACUGCUGCUGUUGGUGGAUUCACUCUCCUGGUCAUCCUCACUUUGUUCUUCCUGAUCACUGGGAGAUGCCAGUGGUACAUAAAGGCCAAAAUGAAAUCUGAAGAGAAAAGAAGGGCUCAUUUACAAAAUGGAAAUUUACGUUUCCCAGGAAUCAAAACAUAUAUUGAUCCAGACACAUAUGAAGACCCAUCUCUUGCUGUCCAUGAAUUUGCAAAGGAGAUAGAUCCUUCAAGAAUUCGUAUUGAGAGAGUUAUUGGGGCAGGUGAAUUUGGGGAAGUAUGCAGUGGACGUCUGAAGACACCAGGAAAAAGAGAGAUACCUGUUGCAAUUAAAACACUAAAAGGUGGUUAUAUGGACAGGCAAAGAAGAGAUUUCCUGAGAGAAGCUAGUAUAAUGGGUCAGUUUGAUCACCCAAAUAUAAUUCGUCUUGAAGGAGUUGUUACGAAAAGAUCCUUUCCGACCAUUGGGGUGAAGUCUCUUUCGAGAUUCCUGAGGGCGGGAUUUUUAAAUAGCAUCCUGACCUCACAUCCAGUCUCAGGGGGUGGAUCUUUACCCCCCAGCAUUUCCUCUGGCAGACCAGUAAUGAUUGUAGUUGAAUACAUGGAGAAUGGAUCCCUUGACUCCUUUCUGCGGAAACACGAUGGCCACUUCACAGUCAUCCAGCUGGUGGGCAUGCUGCGGGGAAUUGCAUCUGGCAUGAAGUACCUCUCAGACAUGGGCUAUGUACACCGUGAUCUGGCAGCCCGUAACAUUUUGGUCAACGGCAACCUCAUGUGUAAAGUCUCUGACUUUGGUUUGUCACGGGUGUUGGAGGAUGAUCCUGAAGCUGCUUACACAACAAGCAUUUGA